AUGCCUGCACCAUGGGAUGCCUAUCCUGGCGGGGAACUCGAAGACCCUUCUAUCGACAUGUUCCCAGAUGGUUUACUGUUUUUAGGCCCUACGCCUGACCACACCUCCCAACCGGACGUCGUUAACCCCAUGCCUCCAGCCCAGUGGCUAAACCCAAGACCACUCCAAAAUGACUUCAUCCCUAUUUUUAAUAAAGUCGAGGAGAUCGAGGAGAACGAGGAGAACGAGAAUCACGGAGUGCUCCUUAGCAAUGGCCAUAGCAAUCACUCAUUGGCCUCAAUUAGCUCAGUAUUUUCUAGAGAUUCCGGGAUUUCUAUGCGAGGUCCAGUACGAGAUCACGGACCGGAAGUCAUAGACUACACACCUGAACUCACUCCCUCCUCUGGUCGAUACAGCUGUCCGUAUCGAAAGAUCAACCCCAGCAACUUCAAUGUCUGCGACUUCCCAAAGUGUGCCCUUGAAUCUUUUGAUACAGUAUCUGAGGUCAAGCAACAUGUCCUCAGGUACCAUCAGUCUAAAGACUUGCCUUUCCAAUGCCGGGUGUGCACAUCCAGAUUUCGAAAACGGAAAGACCUUGAUAAUCAUUUCAAUACACAACUCUGCCACAAACCUCCUACUCUCAAUGACCACGAAAACGGCAUCGACGACGCCAUGUUGGCCAUUCUCAAGGAACGCCGACAGGCCUCAAGAGUGCAUACAUGGGAAGACCUGUGGAACGUGAUAUUUCCUGGCUGCGACAUAAUGGCUCCAGGCUUUAUACCCCCUCGUCUUGCUCAAGAGCAGACCGACGCCUCAACCCAGACCUCUCCGAAAGAUCCAGAUCAAAAAACGGCAGAAAGCGAAAGUCAACCCUCGUCAUACUUGCACCCCCAACAGGGAACACCCGACAGUCAGGCACAACCAAUUAUCCAUCCCAAAAUAACGAUGCCAAGAACGAGCACAUCAUUGCGACAGGUGGGGCUCGCUAGAGUUCACAUCGAAAUCCUUUCCCUAUCUGAACAGCACCGGCAGUGGGGACACGAUGAAACUGGGAGCCUUGAUGGGUUCGACAGUGAAACUGACGGUGAGGGUUCUGACGACGACGCAUCCAGCCCCGACGCUCAUGAUUCCGACGGCUCGCCUGGGGAUGCUUCAACAGGGACGCCGUCGACUGUUGGAAAUGCAAGUCAAGGGCAAACGUUUGUAUCAGCAACAGGACAGCCAAGGUCAUCACGCAAGCGAAACAGGGCAAACGAAGGCGAAGGUGACGAUAAUGGCAAUAAACCACCUGAAAAGAAGCAACGACGACAAUCUCGGGACGUGGAUCCUUCCCGACGACGCUUUGCCUGUCCUUACCAAGCCUCUGGACUAUCAGACAACUGCUUCAGGCGCGCACAGCGCAAUAAGACAGGUGGCUGUGAUACGAUAUCUCGACUGAAAGAUCAUCUAAAGCGGAAGCACAUGAAGUCAUAUCGAUGCGACCGCUGCUGGAAGCAGUUCGACGCCAGACAUGAAGCCCUAGCACACCCAGAGAGUAACUGCCCUCCAGAAGAAAUGCCAGAACACGAGCAGUUCAUGACGCAAGAGCAAGAAAUAGAGGUCAGAAAUUUCAAGGGAAAUUCCGAGGGUACAUGGUGGAGACUAUUCCACCUUUUGAUCCCAGAUAUGGUCCCCAUUGAAGAGCGAGCCUCGUUUCAGUUACAUUACUCACAUCUCCCUUAUUAUUUACAUCUUGGCUCGUUCUUAAUAAUUCCACCUGUGCACCUUGAAAACCCAUCCUUUCAGAACACGGACAGCCUGUCGCCGUACCAAACGAACAGGAUUGGGUCUGCCCUAACCCCUCUCGGCUCGCGGCCCGAUACCUUCACUGGGUUUGGAAGCACAAGGAUAACUUCACAGAGUUUCACUACUCCUAUUUACGGAGCGGCCACGCAGCAACCAUCGUCGAAUCCUUCAUUCCUGGGCUUAGAUCAAGCCGCAACUGCUUUUCCAGAUACACAGCGAUCAGUCGAAUCAAGCUCAACCGGUUCAAGUGACAGAAUCAACGCAUCGUCGACGCCGGCUAGCUCACUUAACGUGAUAGCAAGCCCAGCCUUGGAUACGUCACAAAUGCAACGAAACUAUGAGCGCCAAAAGACGCGAGCCGAACAGGCAGAGGGGGAGAAUGGAGAGCUCCGGGCAACUAUCAGUGCGAGUCGAGAGCAGUUGAGGGAUGCUUCAAUGCUUCUAGAGGGGGUUUUGGGCAGAGAAAAUCUUGAUCGUGAGGUGUGCGAACAAUUGAACCGUGCCGCAGAGAUUCUUCUCCGUGUAACUGGGCGAUUGCGAUGA